AUGGCAGCUCUCCAGCUACUCACAGAUUACUCUUCAGCUGUUACAGCACUGAAAGCAGGACCAUCUCUCCACUCUCUAUUCACAUCUCACUUUUACCGCACACAGUUUCGUCCUCCUCAUCGCCUGGUCCCCAAAGCUUCCUCCUCCUCUUCUCAAGACCAAUCUUCUUUAAUUACCCGUAGGCAGUUGAUGUCCGAGUCCGCAAUCGCCAUUUCUCUCUCGCCUUUUGUCGGGGUAGGAAAAUAUGGAAGUGCAUUAGCUGCCGAAGAACCACUGUCUGAAUGGGAAAGAGUUUUCCUGCCAAUUGACCCUGGUGUCGUCCUUCUUGACAUUUCCUUUGUUCCAGAUGAUCCUAAACACGGUUUUUUAUUGGGGACUAGACAAACUAUUUUGGAGACAAAAGAUGGAGGAAAUACAUGGGUACCACGUUCAAUAGCCUCUGCAGAAGAAGAAGAUUUCAAUUACAGAUUUAACUCCAUCAGCUUCAAAGGCAAGGAGGGUUGGAUUGUUGGAAAACCUGCUAUUUUGUUGUACACUUCUGAUGCUGGAGAAACAUGGCAACGCAUACCACUAAGUUCUCAACUUCCUGGUGAUAUGGUGUAUAUAAAGGCCACGGGAGAAAAUAGUGCCGAAAUGGUAACUGAUGAAGGAGCAAUAUAUAUUACAUCAAACAAAGGAUACAACUGGAAAGCUGCUGUGCAGGAAACUGUUUCAGCUACAUUAAACAGAACAGUUUCUAGUGGUAUUAGUGGCGCAAGCUAUUACACGGGAACUUUUAAUACUGUGAAUCGCUCACCUGAAGGAAAUUAUGUUGCUGUUUCAAGCCGUGGUAACUUCUAUUUGACAUGGGAACCAGGGCAGGCAUACUGGCAGCCACAUAACAGGGCUGUUGCAAGACGAAUCCAGAACAUGGGCUGGCGAGCUGAUGGUGGUCUCUGGCUUCUUGUACGUGGUGGAGGACUUUAUCUCAGCAAGGGCAUUGGGAUAACAGAAGAAUUUGAAGAAAUACCAGUUCAGAGUCGUGGUUUUGGCAUUCUUGAUGUUGGGUACCGUUCUCAGGAGGAGGCUUGGGCUGCUGGUGGGAGUGGAAUUCUUUUAAAAACCAAGAAUAGUGGGAAGACAUGGAUUCGUGACAAGGCAGCUGAUAACAUUGCUGCCAAUCUGUAUUCUGUAAAGUUUAUCAAUGACAAACAAGGGGUGAAUCAACAACUUGAUAUGGUUUCCUUGAUGGUGCUUUGA